AACACUAUCCAAGGAAGUAAGUGUUUGUGACGAAGGCAGUAAAGAGCCAGAUACUCGAACUGAGCACAUUUUUGUCCGACUCCUCACCGCCGAUAUGCCACAGAAGAGUUACGUCAGGAAGAGUCGACAGGGAAUGGCGGUAGCGUUUAAACUCAAACUCUAACUAAGAAAGUGCAAUACCAUUUAUAUGGAUUGUCCUGUGCUUCAGUAAGAUAAGAUGCCCCUCUCUACACAGCUUGAAGCAGGAGAAGAACAAUAUGUGCUGAUCGCCAGUCUUGACAAUGCCAGGAAUCUCUCCAACAUCCUAAAAGCCAUCCAGUUUAAAGAUCAUGCCACCUUUCUUGCCACAUCAAAUGGCAUAAAGGUUACAGUUGAAGACUCAAAGUGUUUGCAAGCCAAUGCAUUUAUACAGGCAGAGAUAUUCCAGGAGUUCUCCAUUCAGGAGGACUCUGUCGUGUUCCGAAUCAACCUGGCUGUCCUCUUAGACUGUCUGACCAUCUUUGGUGGAAGUGCUGUCCCAGGAGUGACGACUGCCCUAAAAAUGUGCUACAAUGGCUAUGGCUAUCCCCUGACGCUGUUUCUAGAGGAAGGGGGUGUUGUGACAGUGUGUAAAAUCAACACUCAGGAACCAGAAGAGACAUUGGAUUUUGAUUUCUGCAGCACAAAUGUCAUCAACAAAGUGAUCCUUCAGUCCGACAGCCUGCGGGAGGCAUUUUCCGAGUUGGACAUGACCAGUGAGGUCCUGCAGAUCACAAUGUCCCCUGAUAAACCUUAUUUCAGAUUAUCUACAUUUGGAAACUCUGGAAGUGCCCACUGUGACUAUCCCAAGGACUCUGACAUGAUGGAGGUAUUUCAGUGCACUCAGACACAGACUAACAGGUAUAAAAUGUCACUGUUGAAACCAUCUACCAAAGCCCUGUCUCUUUCCUGUAAAGUCUCAAUCAGGACAGACAACCGUGGAUUCCUCUCUUUGCAGUACAUGGUCAGAAACGAUGAUGGACAGAUCUGUUUUAUUGAGUACUUUUGUUGCCCCGACGAGGAAGUAGGUGAACAGGAGCAAUAGCCAGACCCACACACACGAUGAGCACUGUUCUGCCUUUUUAAUCACAAUGUUCUGUAUACUGGAUUUUUAUCAGGCUUGCUUCAAAAUAGUUGUUGCAGGAUUUAUAAGUUUACAAUAAUUUAUAAUGAAGGCUGUUCAAUUUCAAAUACUAACUUUAACUAGUUCAUUUUACCAUCCAAAUAUACUUUCUCAGACUUUGUGAUUUAUUUCUAUGCAUAUGUUUGGAUGCGUUUGCCAUGAGACAUCACCUGUAAGAAAUGGAUGUAACCGCAAUGCUGAUAUUUAAGAAAUGUGCACAUUAAGUUAUUUUUAAGAAUGUUCCCUGUAGACUUUUUUUUUUUUAAAUAAACAAACAUUAUUCAUAACUAUUUAUUUUUAUGACAUAUG